AGGCCUGGAGCCUCUGCAGUGGGGUUGAGCACAGCUUCCAGGGCCUCAUUUCUUCAGCCUGAAAUCAUAAACCACUCACUGCUUUUGCCGUCAUUCCCUGGAGGUACCAUCCAGCUCUCCCUUCAAGUAACAAAGCCUUGGAGCUCGCCGGCACCUGCUGUGUCCGGGGUGUGCUGCACCUAACUGGGGCUUUUGCAAGGAGGGCAGAUGGGGGCUAGAGUUGUGGAGUCCUCAAGCUGGGCACACACCUGAUCUUGGUGGCUGCCUGCAGGCUGCCUCUCAGGCCACAACGGAUCUGACAAGGAUGAAGAAAUGGGGGAGCUCAGACUCAGGGGAGUCUGAGGAGCCACCCCAAGAAGACUCCUGCUCAGACCCCCUGGAUGGAGACCCUAACUCCAGGCCAGCUCCAGCUAAACCCCACAUCUUCCCCACGGCCAAGAGCCGCAGUCGGCUUUUUGGGAAAUGCGACUCGGAGGAAGCUUCUCCUAUGGACUGCUCUUAUGAGGAAGGCCAGCUAGCCUCCUGCCCAGCCAUCACCGUCAGCCCUGUUGUCAUCAUCCAGAAGCAUGAGGAUGACCCCACCUGUGACAGGCAGUCUUCCCAGGACUCUGCUCCUGCUGGGUCUGAGAAGAACCUCAAGCUGUAUGAUCGCAGGAAGAUCUUUGAAGCUGUCGCUCAGAAUAACUGUGAGGAGCUGCAGAGUCUGCUGCUCUUCCUGCAGAAGAGCCAGAAGCACCUCAUGGACAGCGAGUUCAAAGACCCAGAGACCGGGAAGACCUGUCUGCUGAAAGCCAUGCUCAACCUGCACGAUGGGCAGAAUGAUACCAUUCCCCUGCUCCUGGAGAUUGCCCGGCAGACGGACAGCCUGAAGGAGUUUGUCAACGCCAGUUACACAGACAGCUACUACAAGGGCCAGACGGCCCUGCACAUUGCCAUUGAGAGGCGGAACAUGGCACUAGUGACCCUCCUAGUGGAGAACGGGGCAGACGUCCAGGCUGCAGCCAACGGGGACUUCUUUAAGAAAACCAAAGGGCGGCCCGGCUUCUACUUUGGUGAGCUGCCCCUCUCCUUGGCUGCAUGUACCAACCAGCUGGGCAUCGUGAAGUUCCUGCUGCAGAACUCUUGGCAGCCAGCAGACAUCAGUGCCCGGGACUCGGUGGGCAACACAGUGCUGCAUGCGCUGGUGGAGGUGGCCGACAACACAGCCGACAACACUAAGUUUGUGACGAGCAUGUACAACGAGAUUCUGAUCCUGGGGGCCAAGCUCCACCCUACACUGAAGCUGGAGGAGCUCACCAACAAGAAGGGGCUGACGCCACUGGCUCUGGCUGCCAGGAGUGGGAAGAUUGGGGUCUUGGCCUAUAUUCUUCAGAGGGAGAUCCAGGAGCCCGAGUGCAGGCACCUGUCCAGGAAGUUCACCGAGUGGGCCUACGGGCCUGUGCACUCCUCACUCUACGACCUGUCCUGCGUCGACACUUGCGAGAAGAACUCGGUGCUAGAAGUGAUCGCCUACAGCAGCAGUGACACCCCUAAUCGCCACGACAUGCUUUUGGUGGAACCGCUGAACCGACUCCUGCAGGACAAGUGGGACAGAUUUGUCAAGCGCAUCUUCUACUUCAACUUCUUCGUCUACUGCUUGUAUAUGAUCAUCUUCACCACAGCAGCCUACUACAGGCCUGUGGAUGGCUUGCCUCCCUAUAAGCUGAAACACACUGUUGGGGACUAUUUCCGAGUCACUGGCGAGAUUCUUUCUGUAUCAGGAGGAGUCUACUUUUUUUUCCGAGGGAUUCAAUAUUUCCUGCAGAGGCGGCCGUCUCUGAAGACCUUGUUUGUGGACAGCUACAGUGAGAUGCUUUUCUUUGUGCAGUCACUGUUCAUGCUGGGGACCGUGGUGCUGUACUUCUGCCACCACAAGGAGUACGUGGCCUCCAUGGUGUUCUCCCUGGCCAUGGGCUGGACCAACAUGCUCUACUACACCCGCGGCUUCCAGCAGAUGGGCAUCUAUGCUGUUAUGAUUGAGAAGAUGAUCCUGAGAGACCUGUGUCGCUUCAUGUUUGUCUACCUUGUUUUCUUGUUCGGGUUUUCCACAGCGGUGGUGACACUGAUUGAGGAUGGGAAGAAUAAUUCUGUGCCGGCUGAGUCCACAUUGCACAGGUGGCGAGGGCCUGGCUGCCGGCCACCCGACAGCUCCUACAACAGCCUGUACUCCACGUGUCUGGAGCUCUUCAAGUUCACCAUUGGUAUGGGCGACCUGGAGUUCACCGAGAACUAUGACUUCAAGGCUGUCUUCAUCAUCUUGCUGCUGGCCUACGUGAUUCUCACCUAUAUCCUCCUGCUCAACAUGCUCAUCGCCCUCAUGGGUGAGACCGUCAACAAGAUCGCCCAGGAGAGCAAAAACAUCUGGAAGCUACAGAGAGCCAUCACCAUCCUGGACACAGAGAAGAGCUUCCUUAAGUGUAUGAGGAAGGCCUUCCGCUCAGGCAAGCUGUUGCAAGUGGGGUACACACCUGAUGGCAAGGAUGACUACAGGUGGUGUUUCAGGGUGGAUGAGGUCAACUGGACCACCUGGAACACCAAUGUGGGCAUCAUCAAUGAAGACCCAGGCAACUGUGAGGGCAUCAAGCGCACCCUGAGCUUCUCUCUGCGCUCAGGCAGAGUUUCAGGAAGAAACUGGAAGAAUUUUGCCCUGGUUCCCCUCUUAAGAGACACAAGUACAAGAGAAAGGCACCCUGGCCAGCCGGAGGAGGUUCAUCUGAGGCACUUUGCAGGUUCCCUCAAGCCAGAAGAUGCUGAGGUCGUCAAGGAUCCUGCUGCUUUAGGGGAGAAAUGAGCGACCCCUACAGGGUUCUCUUAACACUAUUGGGCCUCAGGAUAUGCCACUGCUGCCAUACGGCACUCUCAGCAGCCUGGCCUGGUCUGUGCCUGCCUCGGCACUUUCCUCGCCUGCCCUGGACAAGCUGUGUGAAGCAUUGUUGGAUGCCUGGGAAGAGAUAGCCAUCCAACCCUCACUGUCCCCAAGUGAGUCUCCUAAAAGGAAAGGAUUUUGCUCGCUCUCUGUCUCUCUCUUUUUUUUUUUUUUACAGACUUUGUUAAGUAUCAUGAAUGAUGUAUCUUUAUGUGGACGUAUGUGAUGCCCCUAUUUUAUUUUAUUUUCUAUCACUAGGACUAAAAGUGAGUGAGGCCCAGGAAAACACCUCUUAGAACAUGUCCUUCAAUGUAAAAUGCCGAAGCAGUUCUCAGUAUUGGGUUUAAUACCUUCCUUGAACAAAGCGGUCUGGGGGUGAUGUCAUUUAUUCCUCAGAGAAGGUGGGGGAGGCUGGCCCUAUUCCCAGCUCUGGUGGAAUCAGGUUUUUCCAGAGUGACUUCCUCCUUCUGUGUGAUCCAUCACAGUUCCAAAAAUUUUAGCUCUAUUGCUGUUCAGAUGAAAGUAUGGAACCCUGUCUCAAAAGCAUGUGGCAAGAGUUUUUUAAUGAUCUUCUAUUUGUUGUGACCAUCGUCCUGCUCCCCUGCAGUGGUAUGUAUCUCCACCUCCAUCCAUCCUGUUGUCCAUCAAAUACAUAAGUAAGUAAGCAAGUAAAUAAAUAAAUAGGUAAAUAUCA